AUGUCUCACGCCGAGGAAGCUCGAAAAGUUAUCGGAGACCUCUCCAAGCAGAAUAUUGAUGACCUGGUGCGCCCGUCGAGCUUGACCGAGCAGUUGGAAGAAUCGGUUCGCGGCCACAUCCACCAGGAAUUGACAAGUUGGAUGUUCUACCGCAAGUUGGCCGCAGACUGUUCUCGAGCGAAUGUGGCGCUGCACGGUUUUGCCAUGCUUUGGGAGAGGUCGGCGCGGGAGUGUCUGAUCGACAUGCACUGGCUGGAAAAGUACCUCGUCACCCGCGGGGGCCGAUGCAAACCCACCAACAUCGAGGCCCCCACCUGCGAAUUCUCCGACAAUCCCGUGGAACCCGUGGCGCCUUGCAAGGAGGCGUUCCUGACGGAAAAACAGUUGUUGGAGGACCUCGAGCGACUCUGCUCGCUGGCCGAGAAGUCCGGGGAGAGUGCUCUGACUGAAGCCAUUCAGACCCGAUUCCUGCGCAAAGAGGCCAAGCAUGUCAAAAAUCUGGGAGAUUUGCUCAAGCAGGUUGCUCGAGUGUCAAAGACCCCGGGACUGGGCCUACAUCUUUUGGACAUGCAGCUGCGUAACCACAAAGGUGUGAUGCCAUGGACUGUGCUCAAUGACCCGGACCGCCAUAAUGAGGCCGUGGAGCUGGGGAUUGGUCUGAUGAACAGUGGUCCACGAGUGUGUGUAUCGCAUGAGGAUGAGGAGGUCAUUGCCGACAUUCAUCGUACCUUGACGGGGAAAAGUCACCCAGGCCAUGACUACUCCGAGCUACACUCGUCGUUUGACAAAUUCCUCGAGGAACAAGUCCAAGGAGGCAAGAAACGAUCCAAUCUCGGAGUGUGUUUUCAAGCCGUCUCGACGUGGGGUGAGGGAGAUGGCCAUGCCGAUGUGAAAACGGUGGGGACAGCACUGUGGCGGACCCUCACGCAGCAGGACAUCUACGAAUGGACCAUCCAGCCGUGGAUAUCCAGAAAGAAGCCCCAAGAUGGCCGUCCUCUCAUCCGAGACUUCUCGGGUGUGGUUCACAGCGGGGAAAUCAUGCUGCAAAUGACGUGGUUAUGUGUGGGAGGAACCCAAGAGCUAACACUCAACCAGCGUUCUUGGACGCCCGGGAGCUGGCUGCUCGACCUUCCUGCGGACUAUCGCUGGCCAACACUCAUCGUUCUUGGGGGUCACCGGCUCCAUUGA